UGUCAUUCAUUUUCUAACGUGGUUUUCAAAACGAUAACCUGAAAAUAUGACAUCGAAAACACAGACGAUGUCGAAAGAAAAGCAUAAAAAUAAAAAAGUAAAAGUUUUUAAAAAGAAAAAGAAAUUAGAAUCCGACGAUGAUGUGAUCUCUAGAUUACAGUCCCAAUACGAAAAUAUUAACGCUAAUGAAAUCAGGUCCUUUAAACAUUUCCCACUAUCGUUUAAAACGUUGAAAGGUUUGAAAGAUAAUAAUUAUACAGUACCAACAGAAAUUCAACGUGACAGCAUUGGAUUAAGUUUACAAGGACAUGAUAUCUUAGGAGCAGCAAAUACCGGAAGUGGGAAAACUUUAGCAUUCUUGAUUCCAAUUCUUGAAAAGCUUUAUUGCAUGAAAUGGACACGUCUAGAUGGUUUAGGUGCAUUAAUUAUCACUCCAACACGUGAGCUAGCUUAUCAAAUAUUUGAAACACUUCGAAAAAUUGGUAUAUAUCAUGACUUCUCAGCUGGAUUAAUUAUUGGCGGGAAAGAUUUACAUUUUGAGAAGAAACGUAUGGAUAAGUGUAAUAUUGUUAUUUGCACACCCGGUAGAUUGCUCCAACACAUGGAUGAAAAUCCAUUAUUUGAUUGUGUCACAAUGAAAAUUUUGGUUUUGGAUGAAGCAGAUCGAUGUUUAGAUAUGGGAUUUCAACAAACUAUGAAUGCAAUUAUUGAAAAUCUACCACCAGAGCGUCAAACUUUACUGUUUUCGGCUACCCAAACAAAAUCCGUGAAAGAUUUAGCCCGAUUAAGUUUAAAAAAUCCCAAAUAUGUGGCAGUACACGAGCACGCUAAAUAUAGCACGCCACCUGGUUUAAAACAGAGCUAUAUAGUUUGUGAGCUUCACGAAAAAAUGUCGGUUCUAUGGUCAUUUAUUCGAAAUCAUUUAAAACAUAAAUGUCUCAUAUUUUUGAGCAGUUGUAAACAAGUGAAAUAUACUUAUGAAAUUUUUUGUAAAUUGCGACCGGGAACAAGUUUGUUAGCGCUAUAUGGAAGUUUACAUCAAUUGAAACGAAUGCAAAUUUAUGAGUCGUUUAGUCGAAAAAAGAAUGCAAUUUUAUUUGCAACCGAUAUCGCUGCACGAGGUCUAGAUUUCCCAGAAGUAAAUUGGGUGGUUCAAGUAGAUUGUCCAGAGGAUGCUAAUACGUAUAUACAUCGUGCGGGCCGGACUGCGAGAUAUGAAAAAGGUGGUGAAAGUUUGUUAAUUUUGUUACCGAGUGAAGAAGAAGCCAUGGUUAAACAAUUGGAGGAUAGACGAAUUCCAAUAAGUAAAAUCAAAGUAAAUCCAAGUAAAUUACAGAAUCCACAGCGAAAAAUGGAAGCAUUUCUAGCAAAAAAUAACGAGUUAAAACAAUCGGCACAGCGUGCGUUUGUUGCUUAUGCAAAAUCUGUAUUUUUAAUGAAAAAUAAAGAUGUAUUCAAUAUAAAUGCCCUCGAUACCGAUGCCUAUGCCAUGUCGUUAGGUUUAGCUAUACCGCCAAGAAUUCGAUUUUUACAACGACAUAAUAAAAAUCAAACCCAAAAAAUUGAAAAUAAUUCGAUAAAGUUAGAAUUUAAAAGUGAAGAUGAAGAAGAUAAUGAAAGCUCCGAUGAAGAGAGUGGUAAAUCAACUGACCACGGUGAAACUUCUGAAGAAGAUAAUACAAAAUCUGAGGGACGUUUUGGAGCUUUAGACAACGAUGAUUCAGAGGAUGAUAUUUUCCAAGUAAAGAGAAAAAAUCAUGAUAUAGAAGAUGCAGAUUUGCCCGACGAUGUGCCUACUGGAGAAGACGCCCAAAACUUAAAUAAAUCAAAAAAACCUUUGACCAAAGCCGCACUAGCAAAACGAUUAUUGAAGAAGAAAAUUGUCGCCAAUAAAAAAACUGUAUUUACGGAGGAGGGUGAAGUUUUAUUGGAUGCUACUAAAGAGAAACAAUCUGAACUUGCUAAGGAAUACGAAAAUGAGGAUGAAGCUGGUAUUAAUAUUGAAAAAGCCAAGUUGGUACUUCGAGAAGAGGAUAAAUUCGAUAAACAACGGUUUAAGGAAAAAAUUAAGGCAAAACAUCGUGCGGAGAAGAAGAAAUUAAAAGAUGCGAAAAAACAAGAAUUGGAAGGCGAACAAGAUGAUUUUGGUAGUGAUGAAUCUGAUGAUGAACCUGACUUGUCAUGGUUACCAGAUCCUGAUAAAAUUUAUGGGAAGAAGAAUUCAGAUGAAAAUGAAACUAGUGAAAAAUUUGACGAAAAUGACGAAGAUAGUAAUAGCGAAGAUAUCGAAGAUUCAGAAAUUGAUGAUCAGGAAUCUGAAGAAGAGGAAAUUUCACAAGUACAUAAACCUACAAAAAGAAAAUUGAUAACGAAAAAGGAUGUAGAUAAUUUUGAUAAACCACCCGUUAAAAAAUCGAAGAAAAAUUUGAAAACGUUAAGUGAAGAUUUAACGGUGAAUGAAGCCGAGGAAUUAGCUAUGAAAUUAUUGUCAGGAAGUUGAAAAUUGUUAUUUUUAAAAUAAAAGUUUAAAUCUUA